AUCGAUUCUUAUUUCAAGACUGUCUUAAGUAAUGUCUUAAAAUGCUAAUAUGGUUCUCUGAUUAAUGACAUGAUAAUACUUAAAACAAUCUUAAAUGUAAGAAUUGACUGUGAAUACCGGCCAUAGUAUUGCACAAAUCUUUAUAUUAAGAACCGAAAUACCAAAAUUUCAUUAUCAAUUAAUAAACACCCAUUUAUUAAACUUGUAAACCAGAGAUUUUAAAAAAAUAAUAUUAAAAAGGUAUAAAAUAAAUUGCAGUGUGCCUUUACUAUUCGUUUUUUUAUCCGGAAAGUAAUGAAAUCAAAAACUUAAUUAGAGGUGUGUUUAUUAAUAGAAGCCUAACAUUUGUUUAGUAACAAAAUAAAUAAUUAUAUACAUGCAGAAAAGUUCUAUACUACAAUCUAGUGAAAUUUUGCUUUCUUGUUCAAUACAUCAAAGAUAAUUAAAAAAGGAUCAUUGAAAAUUACUUUUAAAAAAAAUUUUUAACCAAACUCUGUUAUAGCAUAUCUCUUUUAUUUCCAUGUAUUUUACAUAUUCGGUGAAUGAAAAUUUAAGAAGAAAUAUCCAUCCUUAGGCAAUAAAUUAUUCCACUUGUGCCAUUAAUCGGCUUUUUCUUUAAAUACAGCUGUUGCUUAUUAGUCUCGCUAAAAUAGCCGAGCAUAAGACGAUAACACGUACAAAUAGCAUUACAUGUUAUCAGACUCGAGAUAAACAUUUUGUUGAAGAGGUUUUAUCUAUUACAUGUGCAUCAACGUUCGCAUGCGUAAAAAAUGCCUAUUGAUAUGAUAAACGACUGGACGCAGAAAAUUGUCAGUUCUCAGUAGUGUGUAGUAAAAGUAACUGAGAAUCAUGCUGCUGAAAUUACUGAUCGCCUUGAUUUGCCUCGGCUUUGCCGUUCAUGCCAAUAGAGAUGAGACUGCUCCAAGAGUCAAAACACCAUUAGGGGGACUGAAAGGCUACUACAAAAUCUCGCAAAAUGGUAGAAAAUAUGAGGCGUAUGAAGGGAUUCCUUAUGCAUUACCACCUAUUGGAAAAUUACGAUUUAAGCCUCCUCGACCAAUACCGGCAUGGAUUGGUGAACUAUUGGCUACAAAAUUCGGUUCCGAGUGUAUUCAAUACAAUCAAGUGCCAGUAACUCCGGAGAGGGUUGAGGGUGCUGAAGAUUGUUUGUACUUAAACAUUUAUGUGCCAGUACAAGAAAAAGGAACAAAUAAAACUCCAAUGCCAGUAUUAUUUUGGAUCCAUGGUGGAGCGUUCCAAUUUGGUAGCGGCAUGUUAUAUAACGCUAAAUAUUUAAUGGACCAUAAUGUUAUACUUGUCACGAUUAACUAUCGGUUGGGACCAAUGGGUUUCCUCAGUACAGAAGAUGAAGUAGUUCCUGGCAACAUGGGUCUCAAGGAUCAAAAUAUGGCUCUGCGUUGGGUAUCGCAAAAUAUUGAAUGGUUUGGUGGUGACCCGAAAAAAGUGACCUUAGUUGGCUUGAGUGCUGGCGGUGCAAGUGUGCAUUAUCAUUACUUAUCGCAACUCAGCGCGGGUCUCUUCCGAGGCGGUAUAUCGUUCAGCGGUACAGCAUUUGAUUGUUGGACGCAAGCCGAGAACUCCUUGGAAAAAGCCAAGAAAUUAAGUGCUUUGAUGGGAUGCCCUACAAAUACUUCUAGAGAUAUGAUACGUUGUAUGAGAUAUCGUCCAGCUCGCGCAAUCGUCCAGGCUACAAGUGAAUUUAUGCCAUUUUUCUACAAUCCCUUUUCUCCGUUCGGUCCAGUACCGGAAAGGUUUGGCGAUGAAGCACCUUUUAUCGACAGAACACCUGUUGAAAUCAUUAAUAGCGGAGACGUCCAGGAUGUACCCUGGGUUACGGGAGUAACGAGCGAAGAAGGCCUUUAUCCCGUAGCUGAGUUUAUCGCUGGCGAUGAAAAUCUGAAACGGUUGAACGAUAACUGGGACCUCCUCGGACUGCAUCUCCUUGAUUUUAAUUAUACCAUUCCCAAAGAGAAACAUGUCGAGAUUGCUCGUAUUAUUAAGAAGCAUUACUUUGGUUCAAAACCGAUAGACCGACAGAGUACAAAAGAACUAGUACAAAUGGCGAGUGAUCGUUUAUUCGUGGUCGAUAGUGAGAAAGCUGCACGAAUGCAAGCCAAAGUAAACCAGAAUCCAGUUUGGUACUAUUAUUUCAGUUAUAGAGGAGCACAAAGUUUAAGUGAUGGUCUUAGCGGUACCACUGAGAAUUAUGGCGUCUCUCAUGCUGACGACAUACUCUACGUGUUAGCUACUCCCUGGGUAGACCCAACAACAACGCAACAAGAUCGUGAUAUGCAGAAACAGUUAAUCGAUUUUUGGGUAUUGUUUGCUACCGAGGGAAUUCCGAAAGUAGGCAAUGUAGAAUGGCCGAAAUUAGAUCCUUCGAAAAAAGAACUUCAUUAUUUACAUAUAGCUAGUCCUGAUAAAAUUAACAUGGAUAGCCAUGCUAAUCUUGGAGAAAAAGAAUUCUGGAAUUCGAUUAAUUUCAAUGAGAAUGUAUUGAGGCGCACUGGAAUCAAUAAAGAAGAACUUCUAGAAAUGAUGUUACUGAAACUACUGAUUGUUCUGUUCGGUUUUGGUUUCGUCAUUCAUGCAAAUACGGAUGAGACUAUUCCAAGGGUCAAAACGCCUCUAGGAGGACUAAAGGGCUACUACAAAUUCUCGCAAAAUGGCAGAAAAUACGAAGCGUAUGAAGGAGUGCCUUACGCAUUGCCACCUGUUGGGAAACUACGGUUCAAAGCUCCUCGGCCAAUACCGGCAUGGGUUGGUGAACUAUCGGCUACAAAAUUAAGCUCCGUGUGUAUUCAAUACGAUCAAGUGCCAGCAUUUCCUCCGGAGAAAGUUGUGGGUACCGAAGAUUGUUUGUACUUAAACAUUUACGUGCCAGCACGAGAAAAAAGAGAAAAUAAAACUCCAAUGCCAGUAAUAUUUUGGAUCCAUGGCGGUGCUUUCCAAUGCGGAAGCGGCAUACUAUAUGGACCUAAAUAUUUAAUGGAUCAUGAUGUUAUACUUGUCACAAUCAAUUAUCGAUUGGGACCAAUGGGUUUCCUUAGUACAGAAGAUGAAGUAGUUCCUGGCAAUAUGGGUUUAAAGGAUCAAAAUAUGGCACUUCGUUGGGUAUCACAAAACAUUGAAUGGUUCGGUGGCGAUCCGAAAAAAGUGACUUUGGUCGGUUUGAGUGCUGGAGGUGCAAGCGUACAUUAUCAUUAUUUAUCACAAAUGAGCUCGGGUCUUUUUCGAGGUGGCAUAUCGUUCAGCGGUACAACAUUUGAUUGUUGGACGCAAGCUGAGAAUUCCUUAGAAAAGGCCAAGAAAUUGAGUGCUUUGAUGGGAUGCCCUACAAUUACCACCAGAGAUAUGAUACGCUGUCUAAGAUAUCGUCCAGCUCACGUGAUUGUUCAAGCUACAAGUGAAUUUAUGCCGUUCUUCUUCAAUCCUUUUACUCCUUUCGGGCCGGUAACUGAGAAGUUUGGUGAUGAAACACCUUUCAUUGAUAGAACGCCCAUUGAAAUUAUUAGUAGCGGUGACGUCCAGGACUUACCCUGGAUUACGGGAGUAACGAGCGAAGAAGGCCUCUAUCCCGUAGCUGAGUUUAUCGCCGACGAUAAAAAUCUGAAAUGGUUGAACGACAAUUGGGAUAUUCUUGGACCAGACUAUCUAGAUUUUAAUUAUACAAUUCCCAGAGAGAAGCACAUCGAACUUGCUCGUCUCAUUAAGAAUCAUUACUUUGGUACAAAACCAAUAGAUCGACAGAGUACGAAGGAACUAAUACAAAUGUCGAGCGAUCGCUUCUUUGUGGUCGACGGCGAGAAGGCUGCACGAAUGCAAGCCAAAGUAAAUCGGAAUCCAGUUUGGUUUCACUAUUUCUCUUACAGAGGUGCACAAAGCUUGAGCGAUGCUUACAGCGGCACCAUUGUGAAUUAUGGAGUUUCUCACGGUGACGACGUAGUUUAUGUAUUAAAUACUUCCUGGGUAGACCCAACAACAACACAAAAGGACCGUGAUAUGCAGAAACACUUAAUCGACUUUUGGGUAUUGUUUGCUACAGAAGGAAUUGCAAAAGUAGCUAAUGUGGAAUAUCCAAGAUUAGAUCCUUUGAAAAAAGAACUCCAUUAUUUGCAUAUUGCUGCUCCUGAUGAUAUUAAAUUGGACAGUAAUGAUAAUCUUGGAGAAAAAAAAUUCUGGAAUUCAAUUAAUUUUAAGGAAAAUAUAUUAAAGCACACAAUUGGAAGCAAAAAAGAUGAGCUUUAAGUAAGGCUAGAAUAAAAAACAAACAUCUAUCUUAAAUUCAAGUUUUUUUCAAAGAUAUUAUUAUUCAUAUUAUUUAACUUUACAUACAAAUCUAUAUUACGUUUCUCUUUAUUUUUAAUUUAUAAAAACAAUUAUAACUGAAAUUUUUGUAUGAAUAAUAAAAUCUGGAGUUUUAUUAAAAUAAUAUAAAAUUGUAAAAUUGGCCAAGUUCCUGAAUAAAACAGCACAUUCAAUAAUAACUUUAAAAAA